CUCUCUUUCUCUCUCUCCCCUUCCUCGCGCGAGUCGCGCAAAACUGUCGCGCGUACCUCGCGAGACCCCGCGACUAGCGGUGAGCGUCGCCGAGACGUCGGCGACGCUCACCGCGACGCUCUCGCCUCUUCGUAAUGUCGCCCGCGGGGAUGGGGAGCGAGAAUGACGCGUGUACUCUCGACGGGCUCUCCCAGUGCGACGACGCUCCGGGCGUCGGGUAAACGUUAGAGAAAUCCGGAGUCGGGGACCCGAGUCCCUCGGUUGUUGCUUCCCCGGUCGUUUUUCUUUUUUUAAUGUUUCUUUCCAACUCCUCGCGGAGGCGAUACGCCGUCGAUACGCGUAGACAGGCGAGCUCCCAUCGAUCGCGGUUUACGCUAACCCAUCUGAAAUUCAUGGAAUGCGUAUAGUAUAUACGGUGUACAAUAUUAUGAACUGCAUUUUUGUUCCUUUGUCUCAGUGAUAUGAGAUCAAGUUGCGCGGUUCAGUUAGCGGGACAUUUGUUUAACGAGACACGCAGUUUACGUUAAGCGCCAUGAGGCGUUUCAAUUCUAGCUUAGUAAAUAGGCUUCCUAAGGACUUGGUUGUUGAUAAGAUCGCCAUGAGUAGGAACAACGAAAGUGGUAUAUCAUUAGCGACGCCGCCAGCCAUCCACGUUGGGCCUAUCGUCACGCCGGGGUCCAACGAAACCAUUUCCAUCGUGAUACCGUUAUCAGCGCAGCUGACCACAAUGGCUAGUCAGAAAGUCGAGAGUCAGAAAGUCAAGAGUUGCAAGGAUUGCGGCAAGGACGCGAAACGACCAGUCCCGGCUGCCAAUCCCACUCGGAGCCCGAGGAACGACAGAACGAAAGGCUGUCCCUUUCCCACGUGCGCGCGAUAUGGUCGUGCGUUCUCCAGGGCGCACGACUUGAAGCGGCACAUAGCCCGGCACACGAUGCGCAAGGAAAAGCUGCAGCCAGCUGACCAGCAGAAAGUCGAUAUUGAAAACACGACGAGCGACGCGACUCUACAAGGCGCUCUUCUGCGCGGCACAGAGGACAAGGGCGGAUAUCCCUGCCCGCGAUGUAAGAAGAGGUACAACGAUGAGAAUAAGCUGAAAGCUCAUCUGGCAUCACAUGGCAAAACAUCGUCAAAGAACAGCCACUCGAAACACGAGGAGCACAGAAAUACUCUGCAGAAUCAAGUGAUGGCGAAUAAGACUUCAGCAACGAAAAAUUCGGCUGAGGACGACUUCCUUCUGGAGGAGAUGCUGUUGUUGAAGAAGGAUCCUCGAAGGGCAGAUAAGAAUGACUCGAAGAUAAGGUGCGACUACUGUUCAAAGACUUUCAAAACAAAAUGGACUCUGAGCUCACACGUGGCCGCCCACGAAGGCCGCUUUCAGUUUGAUUGCGGUCAAUGUGGUAAGAAAUUCGUCAGAAAGAGCCACUACGAGGGUCAUGUGCGCUCUCACGAAGCCGCCAGGCCGUACGCCUGCGAACAGUGCGGUAAAACGUUCAAAGAGCUCAAGCACCGUCGCGAACAUACCAAGAGAAAGCAUCCGAGUAAUCAGAGCGCGAUACAAAGUUUGUUAGAUAGCAUUGGACCCUGCGCGGCCGAAGAGACAAACAUUGAUCAGGCCAAAUUCACAUUAUUAAUGCCGGUAAAUUUUGGCGCAUAAGAAUCGGAGAGGCCUUUGUCGUCUAGAAAGAUUACUACGGAUCCUUCAUGUUCAACUAAGAGUUUGAUUCCUUGAGAACUUUCGGAUCGACGGGAUCCAGAUUUUUUUUAAACGUUGCAUCCUUGGAACUUUGGGCCUUUGAUAUCCUGGCUCUUGGAACUUUGAUUAUUUAGAAGGACGAAACCCUUGAAACUUUUACUUGAAAACUCGGGUCCUUUGGAUCCUUAGAAUUUUGGUUGCUUGAGAAAUGGGAUCCUCAACAAUUUGAAUUUCUUGACAGUUAAAAAUUUUAAUUAGUUGGAAUUUUACUUACUUUAAAUGUAAGAAAUUUUUUAUAUCUUUUAUAUUUAAAUAUUUAGUUCCUUCUUUUGGAUUAGAAUUUUUGAGGCCUUAAUAAAUCUAUAUAUAAUUUAUGUUCUCAUGAUUCCAGUAUCUCAAUGACCAGAAAGUAAUAUGUCCAAGUAAACUUUUUCAAGUUGGAUGACAAGAAUUUAAUUGACUUUAAUAAUUGACAAAUCAAAACCAUGUGAACAUUAUGCUGAUUAUAUUCAAUUUAUUAUUCUAUACUUUACAAGAAAUAUAUAUAUAAAAAAAAUAAAUCUUAAGCCAGA